AUGAAGGAAUGCUCAGUGUUCAUAUUCGAGAAACGGUGUGCCGAAAAACUCCAUAAACCCAAACGAAAAGAAACGGUAACAGAAAUCCUACGAGGCAGCGUUCGACAGCUGGAAAGGUACCGCCACCCCAAAAUCCUGCACGUCCUUCACGCCAUCGAAGAGUGCGCUGACACUUUGGCCUUCGCCACCGAACCCGUUUACGCCAGUUUGGCGAACAUUUUGGCGUACCACGAAAGCACCGUCAACCAUGGCGGGAUACAUUCCGCGCAUCAUCAGCAGCACCAGACGCAGCAGAGGCCGGCCAAUUCUAGGGAAUACAAUUUUUUGGAUUUGGAAUACAAAUACGGGAUAUUGCAGAUACCCCAAGUAACUUCUAAAGCUGGUUAUAUUGAUUUGACCAGCAAUUAG